AUGGCGGAGAUGGCCAACUUGGCUAACACCAUGGAGGCGAAUGUUGCUACGACUUUGCAAGCUGUACAGAGAUUUGGUCAACCGGUGGGAAACAGAAAUGGAAAUAGGGAUGGAAAUAGUAAUGGAGACAGAAACGACAAUGACUUGGGAGAGAUUCCUUGGGACGUGUUUCAAACAGUGUUCUAUAGGAAGUAUUUUCCGGAGUCGGUGAGAGAAGCAAAGGAGUUAGAGCUUAUGCAGCUAAAGCAAGGCUCGUUGUCUGUGGCCGAAUACACUAGUUGGUUUGAGAAACUCUGUAGGUUCUCUAGGGUGUGUCAAGGUGCCCCGGAGUCCUAUGAGAGUUGGAAGUGCAUUAAAUAUCAAGGAGGCUUGAAGGAUAACAUUAUGACUGUUGUGGCUCCUUUGGAGAUUCGGAUCUUUUUCGAACUUGUGAACAAGGCAAGGGUCGUGGAGGAGUGUGCUAAGAAGGUGACAUUGGCGAGAGACACCCGAGGGGGAAACAAUGCUAGAGGCCGAGGCAAGUAUUUUCAACCAAGAGCUCAAAACUUCAAGAGAGGAGGGCAUGUACCUCAAGGUCAAGGAGGCUUUAGGAGGAAUAACAAUGAUCAGUACCAGCAUGCCAAAGGGAGAGGUAAUCAGAGUAAGGCUUCUCCGGAUUUAACUUGUGAUCAUUGUGGACGUUUUCAUCCGAAUGACUCGUGCAAGUUGGUUAUAGGUGGAUGCUUUGCAUGUGGAUUGCCUGGACACAUGGCAAAGGAUUGCCCUCGUAGGAGGACUCCGAAUGUGGGCCAGAACCAGCAAGGUCGGGUGUUUGCUGUAAACGGCCAGGAUGUUGCAAAGUCGGAUCAAUUGAUGAAAGGUAACUGUUCAUUUGGUGAGAAAACAUUGGUUGCAUUAUAUGAUACUGGAGCUUUGCAUUCAUUUAUUGCAUUAGAUAAAGUUGAGAAACUAGGGUUGAAAAUGUCAGAAUUAGCUUUCGAUUUGCAUGUGUAUACCCCAUAUCAGAUGGUUGUGACAAAGUUAGGUUGUAGGCAAGUGUCUUUCAAGCUUGAGAAUAAAGAAUUUGUCCAUGACUUAAUUUGCUUGCCAAUGGUUGGGUUAGAGAUGAUUUCGGGGUUUGACUAG